CGUUCCCCCAAAAUCAUGGCUGCAAAGGCUUCCCUUUCCAGGAUAGCAGCCAGUGGCCCCAACGAUGAUCCAUACUUCGUUCCAGAGAAUUAUGUACAACAUACUCUGCUCACGACCAAACCCCUGCCCCCCAUAACAAGCUUUUCUGAUCUUCUCCGCGAAGUGCAAUGGAUAUCUUUUUUCGCGCUCACUCUCAUUCCGGUUGCCUCUGUCUACGGCGCACUGACGACAACUCUUUGUCUUCCGACGUUUCUCCUCGCUUUCGCCUACUAUUUUUACACGGGUUUGAGUAUCACCGCCGGAUAUCAUAGACUCUGGGCACAUCGCUCCUACAACGCAGCAGUCCCCUUGCAAAUUUUCCUCGCUCUCGGAGGCUGCGGUGCUGUACAGGGCUCGGUCAAAUGGUGGAGUCGGGGUCAUCGGGCACAUCAUCGCUUUACCGAUACCGACCUGGAUCCCUACAAUGCUCUGCGCGGGUUCUUCUACAGCCACGUUGGCUGGAUGUUGGUGAAACCACGGAGGAAGAUUGGGAAAGCUGAUGUCAGUGAUCUUGGGAAGAGCCCAGUGCUGAGAUGGCAACACCAGAAUUAUGUUUGGCUACUAUUCGUGAUGGCUUUUGGCGUACCAACGGCGGUGGCUCAUUUUGGAUGGGGAGACGCGAGGGGUGGAUUGGUAUAUGCUGGGAUAAUCAGGUUGUUGGUCGUCCAUCACUCUACCUUCUGCGUGAACUCUCUCGCUCACUGGAUCGGUGAAACGCCAUUUGAUGACAAGCGGACGCCGAAAAAUCACGUCCUUACAGCCAUUGUGACUGUUGGUGAGGGAUAUCACAAUUUCCAUCAUCAGUUCCCAACGGAUUAUCGCAAUGCAAUCAAGUGGUACCAAUAUGAUCCUACCAAGUGGUUCAUCUGGCUCAUGGGACAAAUUGGACUUGCUUGGCAACUCAAGACCUUCCCAUCAAACGAGAUUCGUAAAGGCGAGCUCUUAAUGGAGAUGAAACGCCUUCGGGAGAAGCAAGAAAACAUUGAGUGGUGCAGGAAUGUGAACCGGUUACCCGUCGUCUCAUAUGAAAUGUUUCAAAAACAAGCAACGAGACGGCCUCUCGUCCUCGUGUCGGGCUUCAUUCACGACAUGUCUGGUUUCUUAGACGACCACCCAGGUGGGAAAUCUUUGCUAGCAAGAUUCAUUGGUAAAGAUGCAACUACCGCCUUUUUUGGCGGCGUGUAUGACCAUUCGCAUGCAGCCCAUAAUCUUCUGUCUAUGAAGCGUGUAGGCAUCCUCGAGGGCGGACACCCACAUAUACUAGACAUCGCCAAGACUGUACCCCCGGGCGAGCUGAUGAGGGUGGUUAAAUAUGGUGAAGCAUACCCUUCGUCUGGAGCUUGGGGAGAGGGAGAAGAGACUGCGUGGAGUGACGAAGGGUCAGAGGAAGCCACCCUGAAAUCAAAGAUGAAAAGGCUUUAUUAAAGAUACUGCCCUUGGGAGAACUUGACAUAUGGAGGUUGAAACAUCGUGACCGCGUUGCUCACGUGCCUUUCUGGUACUACUACUUCUUCGCUUCGUUCCACCAUGUCCAAAGUCCAAGACAAUAAACUAGCCGCUAGCCAGCUUUCUCGUUUACCAAAGAUAAACAAGACACUCUUUAUCUCUUCAUACAUCAGAGAUCAGAAAUCGCAUCUCAAAGCGUACGCCAGCCAAGAUCACGCUGCUUCCUCUCAUUCUUCGCA